UUUUUGUUUUAAUUUUUUGAUUUAAGUUCAUUAACUUUCUAUAACAGCAUACUGUGAAAUUCCAUACACAUAAGUAUACAGGGGUGUUGUGGAAUCUGAUAGUUGUCAGAAUCAGAAUUGAAACCGAUCAAAAAAAGUAGUAGGUGUCAUGAAUUCAGAUAUUAUUGGUUUGAUGUUCGAAACAGAAUUUGUAUCGGUUUUGGGGGUCAUCGAAACCAAUUUUAUCGGUUUUGCUGUCAGAAAUAAAACAAGAAGAUAAUCGCCAACAGAUUUGAAUAUUCAUUUUAUAUUUCUGUGUGUUGUUAGACGGUUGAGAAAAUGUAAUGCGGGCACUCACAUUUGGCAACACUGUUUUUGUCAGUUAUUAAUUCUCCGUACAUUCUUGGAAUUUCAGCUUAAACUGAAUUCUUAAUUUUUAGUCUUAAGAAGCGUCACUCUUUAUCCAGACGCCAACGAGGUUACAAGUAUUCAUACAAUAAAUAGUUUUAAAUAUAUAUAUAUAAUUGUGGUGUUUCAUUUGCCACAGUACUCUAUACUUUAUGAGAACAAUAAAGUUCACAAAAAUACUUUAUUUCGCAUGAUUUGAUUUCUUUGAGAUUUUGAAAAGUUUAGCCGAUGAAUUUGUUAAACGAAAUUUAUAGAUUGGUGAUUUAGUGCUAAAUCGAUGUUGCCACUCGUCGGCGCCACAUCACUCAAGCACUCGUUUUGUACAAUUACGGGGCAUCUCGACAGGAUAGAAUAUAUAGAAUACUAGCUGCAUUGCCGUGCCCAUUGCCUGUGGAGACUCCACAUUGCUCACAGCUUACUAGAUAGAGAACUGACUAGAAAAAUUCAAGGAAAUUUUUCAUUAUUUAUUGAGGAAUCCCUAGUGUACUUGAAUAAAUGGUUUGAUUUUAAUAACACGAACUGGUUGUUUACACUGGGUAAUAUAAAUUUAAAGAGUAAUAUAGAAUUUGACAAUAUUGUAAACCUAAUUGAAAAUUUAAAUCUGCAAAAACUUAAUGUGGAUAUGGAUAAUCUUUAUGGAGAAAUCGCUUUAUUAAACCAAGUUUAUAAUCAAUUAUGUACUUCUAAGGGUUUUGCAGAGCUAUCAACUGCACAAAAAUGGCAGCAGGUAUUUAAUAUGAGUGAUGAUAAUUUUUUAAACUUGUAUAAGGUAAUUUCAUUUUUAUUGUCUAUUCCUGCCACGUCAGCAUUCACAGAAAGAGUUUUUUCUGUUAUGAAUAGCAAAUGGCGAGACGAAAGAAACAAUACGUCUCUGAAUUUGAUAAAAAAUGAAUUACUUAUUUAUUUUAAUUUAAUAUAGAAUGAAAGAUGCUGUGCAAUUGUUGAGUAAAGAUGCUAAUUUGAUACAAAUUGCAAAAAGUAAUAAAAAAUAUGUUUUUAAAUAUAAUAAUAAAGAAAAAUAAAUUACGUUUUAUUUUGAUAGUAUUGUUACAAAAGUAGUAUUAAGUUGUAUUUGUAUUGCUAUAUGCAUCCCUUAUUAUGAACAAUAGCUGUAGGUAUAUAGAAUAGCAUUUGUCUUGUUGUAGACAUCUGGCGCCGCACUGUCUGCUUGUCUACUUAAACUAUUGCUGAGUCUGGCGCCGCGGCUGUCUGCUUGCGUCUGGCGCCGUAUAGCAUUAUGUUCUGGUAAUUUCCAGACGCAAUAUUCUAGAAGGACACGUCGGCAUCAGCGAGAAGUGCGUGGCUAUAGUGUAGACGAGUUGUGAAAUAAAGAGUUGUUGAAUUAAAUUAAACAGUUUUGGUUUUAUUUGUCAAUCCAGAGAUACGAACCUAACAAAGUGAACUAGCAAGCAGUAAAAUCGUAACAAUUGGUGUCAGAAGUGGGAUUGUCAAAUAAUCCAAAUUCAAGAUGGUUAAAUUCGGAGAAUUGAGAAUUCAGCAAUUAAAAAAGGAACUGGAGGAGCGUAAUUUGCCGAUAAGCGAGCAAAAGGCGGAUCUGCAGGCACGAUUACGUGAAGUAAUGGAAGCGGAUGGAAUUAAUGUGGACGAGUUCGAAUUUGAUGGGCCAGAAACUUCUACAAAGGUAGAAGAAAAAGUAGAAGAACAACGAACAUCAUCGAGUGUGGACACGAACAUGCUGUUAGUGGCUAUUAAGCAAAUGGCAGAAAAUGCAGUGCAAACAGAAAAUCGUUUGGCACAGCAAAUGACGCAAAUAGCUGAAAAUACAUCACAGUUAGAGUCUCGCCUUACACAACAGAUUACGGAAAAUACUACACAACUACAAAAACAAGUGCAAGAGAAAUUUUCGAAAUUUGAAGACCAAUUAAGCACUUUAAAAAAUGACGAAGAAAAUUUAAAAGCAGAAGCUCUUCAAUUAAGUAAUCGUGUGCGAGAACUGCAACUACAUGGCCCUGCACCAUCAACAAAUAAUCAAAGAUUGAAGGCACCCACAUUCGAUGGAAGUAUUCCAUUUCAAAUUUUCAAACUUCAGUUUGAAAAGACAGUAAUGGCCAAUAACUGGAAUGCAGCGGACAAAGUGGCGUCCUUGUUUGUAUCAUUGAAAGGACCUGCGGCAGAAAUCCUUCAGACUAUUCCAGACUGUGAACGGGACAACUAUGAGGCAUUGAUGAGUGCGAUAGAAAGACGAUAUGGUAGUGAGCACCGGAAACAAAUAUACCAGAUCGAACUGCAAAAUAGGGGUCAGAAGAUGAACGAGCCAUUGCAAGAGUUCGCAACUGAAAUAGAACGACUGGCUCAUUUGCCAAAUGCAGAUGCACCUGUGGAUUUCAUUGAGAGGGUAAAAAUUCAAUGUUUCAUAAAUGGAAUUCGUGAUGUGGACACCAAACGCCCCACGUAUGCAUGGCUAAAAAGAACGUUUGCUGAAACGGUUUCGCACGCCCUCACACAGGAAACAGCUUCCCUACUAAGUAAACCAGCACACAAAGUACAAAGAGUUGAAAUGGAACAACCGGCGCUGAUGGAAGAAAUAUUGAAGACUCUGAAGACAAUUGCUGCACAGCGAGUAAAUGCAACAGGCAGAUGUUUCAACUGUGGAAAAGCGGGUCACUUUGCCCGAAAUUGCAAUAUAAAGGUAAACCCAUCAAAACGGAAACAACCAACAGAACACCGAAAGGGGGUUCACCACAAAAAUGCGGAUGCAUUAUCACGUCGCCCUUGUCCACUGGAAUGUAAACAUUGCUCCAAAUCAGAAGGAAAAGAAGGUAUAAUCGACGUGCGGUUACUGAAUAUAGAACCUGAAGAUGAUUGGACUCCUCACCGCAUCAGAAUCAAUCAGCUGGAGGACCCUGAUCUUGCAAAGCUGAUAAUAGCCAAAGAAAAUGGGGUACGACCACCAAAGGAACAAAUAAGUAACGAGAGUCCAACGGCAAAAGCAUAUUGGGCCCAAUGGAACAGCAUAAACCUCGUUAAUGGAUACCUUCAUCGUACCUGGGAAAGCGAAGAUGGCAAACAGUCUCGUCUGCUGAUCAUAGUACCGAAGUCCAUGAUCCCGAAAGUAUUGAAAGAAUAUCACAAUGGACCUAGUGGAGGGCACCUUGGAAUUACAAAAACUAUAGAGAAGAUUAAACAACCGUUCUACUGGAUCGGUUGUUGAGAUUCCAUAGCAGAAUGGAUACGUAAUUGCGUAGAGUGAAUGGCAGCUAAAGUUCCUAAAGCCAAAAGUCGCGGUAGGCUACAACAGUACAACGUGGGAUCACCAUUUGAACGAGUCGCAAUGGAUGUUGCAGGUCCGUUCCCAACCAGUACGGCCGGAAACAAAUAUCUACUGGUUGUCAUGGACUAUUUCAGUAAAUGGCCAGAAGAAUAUGCCUUACCAAACCAAGAAGCGAAGACAGUAGCCGAAGCGUUUAUAGAAAAUUGGAUAACAAGGUUCGGAGUGCCCGUCGAAUUACACUCAGAUAAAAGCAGGAAUUUCGAAUCUUCCAUUUUCCAAGAAGUCUGUACGUUAUUGGGCAUCCACAAGACACGGACAACAGCGUUACACCCACAAUCAGAUGGGAUGGUAGAGAGAUUCAACCGAACGCUCGAAGAACAUCUGCGGAAAAUCGUUAAUAAAGAUCAACGGAAUUGGGACAAGUGCAUCCAGAUGUUCCUGCUGGCGUAUCGUUCAGCGAAGCACGAAACAACUGGUUACACGCCAGCAAAGAUUAUUUUCGGAUCUGAUCUGCGACUCCCUGCUGAUCUUAAGUUUGGAACGAAUCCUACAGCUGUAAGAAAUGAUGGAGAUUAUUGUUCUGCCUUAAAGGAAGAAAUGAAUGAAUUGCAUCUAAUGGUAAGACAGCAUACGCAUCUGAUGAGCAAUAAGAUGAAGGACCGGUUCGAUCAAGCGGCAAAUUCAAAAGGUUUUGAAGAAGGUGAUCUGGUCCUGUUGUACAAUCCACUUCGAAAGAAAGGCUUGUCCCCGAAACUGCAGACAGCCUGGGAAGGACCCUAUAUGGUGAUGAAACGACUAAAUGACGUGGUAUACCGCAUACAAAGAAAUGGAAAAGCACGAUGUAAAAUGAAAAAAGUACAUUUGGGGAGGCUCGCCCCAUUUGGUUCAAGAGGAUUUGUGCCUAAUCGGGACGAUUAGGCUUUAGUGGAGGGCAGUGUUACAAAAGCAGUAUUAAGUUGUAUUUGUAUUGCUAUAUGCAUCACUUAUUAUGAACAAUAGCUGUAGGUAUAUAGAAUAGCAUUUGUCUUGUUGUAGACAUCUGGCGCCGCACUGUCUGCUUGUCUACUUAAACAAUUGCUGAGUCUGGCGGCGCGGCGGUCUGCUUGCGUCUGGCGUCGUAUAGCAUUAUGUUCUGGUAAUUUCCAGACGCGAUAUUCUAGAAGGACACGUCGGCAUCAGCGAGAAGUGCGUGGCUAUAUAAGCCGUGGCAGCGCCAACGUAAUCAAUCAGUGCUAAGAGUAAACUGCUAUAGUGUAGACGAGUUGUGCAAUAAAGAGUUGUUGAAUUAAAUUAAACAGUUUUGGUUUUAUUUGUCAAUCCAGAGAUACGAACCUAACAAAGUGAACCAGCAAGCAGUAAAAUCGUAACAGUAUGUACUUUUUUUUCUUACCUAUAAUAAGCAAUGUACUUUAACUGCAAAAAAAGGUGGCAACCCUAGUUACGAAGUAAUUAACUUUAUUUUUGUAGGGAAAAACAUAAGAAUAGAACGCAAAACACGAUCGUUAUUGAAUUCAUGGAAAAAAAUCCAGACAUCAUAAGAGGAUUUACAAAACGUAAUAAGCCUACAAUAGAUUCGUUAUGGCAGGAAUUAACUGAAUCCCUUAAUGCUGCAGGUCCACCACACAAAGAUGUAAACGGGUGGAAAAAGGCAAGUAAAUUUCAAUGAAAAUUAAGCAGCGAUUAAAACAAACUUAUGUAUUUCUAUAGGUUAUAACUGAGUGGAAGAGCGAAAUCAAGAGAAAAUUAGCUAACAACAAAAUUGAGAGUCGGGCAACAGAAGGUGGCCCAUUUUCAAAAUAUCAGCUCACUCCAAACGAAGAAGCUAUUGUGCGUCUUUGUGGCAUUUCUCUUGGCACCCAACCCGUCAAUGAGAAUUUAAAUAUAACAAUUGCAGGGGAGAAUGUAGAUUUGUGUUCCUCAUCGCCAGAGCAACAGAAUAAUAAUGCAUACAGUAGACAAAAAGAUGCCGACGAUAUACCCUCCACGUCACAAAGGCAACUAGAAAUAAAUGCUAGUGGGUAAAGGCAAAAAUUAGAGAGUACAACAGAUCACUUAAAAAGAUUUUUAGAUGAGGAAGAUAAAAAAAAGGAGAUAUAUUGAAAAAAUUUGAUUAGAUAAUAGAACUGCAAAAUGUUGGAAGAGCUAUUACUGAAUUGAAAGAUGAGUUUGUAAGUACAGGUACUCAAUUGCUUAAAGCAAUUGUAGAAAAAAAAUGAGAUUAAAAAAGAACAAUUAAAUCUCGAAAUUCUAAAGUUUGAACACAAAAGACAAAAAAAAAAAGACGAAAAAAAAAGAUUAAAAGAUCCUGGCUGUGAAUUAUACUUAAAGUACCUGAAUUUAUAAUUUCAAACUGAUUUUAGUUUAGUCAUGAAGACUGUAUAUUAUAAUUUAAGACUGAUUUUAGUUUAGUCAUGAAGACUGUUAUAUUAAAU